GGGAGGAGCGAGGAUCUGGUGGGGAAUCCCGCUUGGGUUCCGGAGCGAGGGGCUGCGGGCACGAGCGGAGGCUGCGAGCACGCGCACAGCCCUCGGGGCCCCGCCCACGCCCCUGAACCGCCUCCAAAUACUCAACCCCCGGGCCGCGCAGUCGCCUGUAGUCACCCGCUGGCUCCCAACAAGCUGCUGGAAAGAAAGUAGGCGACGGCGGGCGCCGGGCCGCGCGGGCAGCCUUGGGACAAUGGGGCCCCGGCGCUUGCUGCUCGUCGCCCUCGGCCUCAGCCUGUGCGGUCCCUUGCUGUCUUCCCGCGUCCCUCAGAGCCAGCCAGAAUCAGAGACGGUGAACCCCCGCUCAUUCUUUCUCAGGAAUGCCAAUGGAGAUGCAUUUGAGCGGGUCCCCCUGGGGGACGAGGAGGAGGAGAAAAAUGAAAGUGUACUGCCCGAGGGCAGGGCAGUCUACUUAAAUAAAAGCCGCUUUCCUCCCACGCCGCCUCCUCCCUUCGUCUCAGAAGAUGCCUCGGGAUAUCUUACCAGCCCCUGGCUGACGCUCUUCGCGCCCUCCGUGUACACAUUUGUGUUCAUAGUCAGCCUUCCUCUGAACGUCCUGGCCAUCGCAGUGUUUGUCUUGAGGAUGAAGGUCAAGAAGCCGGCCGUGGUGUACAUGCUGCACCUGGCCAUGGCCGAUGUGCUUUUCGUGUCCGUGCUCCCCUUCAAGAUUACCUACUACUUUUCCGGCAGUGAUUGGCAGUUCGGGUCUGGAAUGUGUCGCUUCGCCACUGCAGCGUUUUAUGGUAACAUGUACGCCUCCAUCAUGCUCAUGACCGUCAUAAGCAUUGACAGGUUCCUGGCGGUGGUGUACCCGAUCCAGUCCCUCUCCUGGCGCACUCUGGGCCGAGCCAACUUCACUUGCGUGGUGAUCUGGGUGAUGGCCAUCAUAGGGGUAGUGCCCCUUCUCCUCAAGGAGCAGACCACCCGGGUUCCUGGACUCAACAUCACCACCUGCCACGACGUCCUCAAUGAGACCCUGAUGCAGGACUUUUACUCGUACUAUUUCUCGGCCUUUUCCGCUAUCUUCUUUCUUGUGCCGCUGAUCAUUUCCACAGUCUGCUACACGUCCAUCAUCCGAUGCCUUAGCUCCUCCGCGGUUGCCAACCGGAGCAAGAAGUCGCGGGCUUUGUUCCUGUCCGCUACCGUGUUCUGCAUCUUCAUCGUCUGCUUUGGGCCCACCAACGUCCUCCUGAUUGUGCACUACCUGUUCCUCUCUGACGGUCCUGGCACAGAGGCGGCCUACUUUGCUUACCUCCUCUGUGUCUGUGUGAGCAGUGUGAGCUGCUGCAUCGAUCCCUUGAUUUACUACUACGCCUCUUCCGAGUGCCAGAGGCACCUCUACAGCAUCUUGUGCUGCAAAGAAAGCUCUGAUCCCAACAGUUGCAACAGCACUGGCCAGCUGAUGCCGAGUAAAAUGGAUACCUGCUCUAGUCACCUGAACAACAGCAUAUACAAAAAGCUAUUAGCUUAGGGAAAGGUUCCAUGAAAAACGGUUGGAAAGUGAGCAGCCGGGGAAUCCCAUUAGUUCCUGGCAAGAACUGUAUUUACUUCAACACCUAAAAAACAACCAAUGUCUGAUUUGCAUGCAUACUUCUUUACAAGUGCUAUCAAGUGUAUAGAUUGGAUAAUUAUCAGCCAGGUGAUGGGAACACAGGUAAAGGCUUCCAGGGUUGCUAGUGCUACAAUAGUAACUGGAUGUCACUUCUUAUAUAUCUAGGUGACUUUAAUAUAUAUGCACACACACAUUUGCCAUGCAGGAGGGAAUCUGCGCUUUGACACUUUCUUGUUUAUUCCCUGACCAUUACUAUGGAAAUAAUCUGAUUCUCUGACUUAAUAAACAAAGUCUGGACUGGUGGUUGUUAGUUAGCACUGGGCAGCUGAAGGUCCUAAUAUAGGAAAGGAGUUCAUAGUUUAGACUUAACACAGCUUUUGCCUAUAUAUAUAUAUUUUUUUCAAAUUAUUUGAUAAUAGUGUUUAGUGAUGGAAGGAUGAGACAGUAUUACCUGUGUAGGAGAAGGUCUUGAACAUACCAUAGUUUAAGAAUUAGCAAAGCCGUUGGGAAGCCCGUUUUGAUAUGGGUAACAGUUUUUGGCAAUUUACGUACUUAAUACCUGGACCAAGACUGAGCAUAAGCCUCAUCAGGACUAUAAUAAACCUUUCAAAGCAACCAAGCUUGAUAACAAGACACAGCCACUUGCGUGGAGGCCUCUGAGCAUCAGGUACAUCGUACCCCUUCGGCUAUGCCUCCCAGAGAGCAGAGACGGGGACCACCAGGCCACUCCAUCCUGCUAGGAUUCUCAUUAGCUGUGAACUGACUGUAUCUAUUAGAAAUUGGCAAGGUAGGGUAUGCCAUCUUGAGAAAAGAUGCCUGCACAUCUGACAGUUUACAUCCAGUAGCUGUCCUGCAAGGCUGGCCCUUGCACAGACAGACACACCCAUGUGCCCUGGUCACACUGUUGGAUAGUGGGUCCUAGACUGACUGACUGUAGAAGAAUAACUGAGUGCUGCUCUUAUUCAGGCAAUGCAGAGAGCUGGCAUGUGGGCAGCUGUGAUGUGUGCACUGCACAUACAUCAUCGCACAUAGUAGUUGUCUCCAGCUGGAUCUCACCAAGCAUAUUUCACAGAAGCCAGGCCUAUCAGCUAAACCGCUUUGGAUAUCUGAGUUUCUGGUUCCAAUAGCUGUAGAUUAGGAUAAAAACACAAUACAAGAUGUAUAUUUUUAAUACAUAAGCCCCUUCGGUCCACAAUAAUUAGACAUUAUUUAUUUACAAAUGUAUCAAAAAUUACUCAAAUCAGCCAGGCAUUACGGCACACACCUUUAAUCCCAGUACUUAGGAGGCAGAGGCAGGCAGAUACUAAACCAUUUUUUUAAGAAGCUAGCAAACAGAAAAAGUUUUACUUAAGUCCAAUUUUAAAAAUAUAUACGUCAGUUUGGUUAAGAAGAAGAAUAAUAAAAGGAAAUAAAAUUGAUUGAAAUUGAUUGAAAUGUAGAAAAAUUAUUCUGAAUCUUAAGAGUUAUUGAAAUUAUUUUUAAAGCAUUUUUAAUGCCACAGUGACUAACAAGCAUAUAAAAUCUUCAUCCCUUUGACAAAGUAAUUUGAAAAUUAAUUUAGAACAUAUCCUUUUCCUGAUUAAAAACUAUGUUGGCAUUUUAAGCAAAUAAGAAUAGAAAGGGUGUUUAUUUAAGAGAACAAAGUAUUUCCAAAUACUGUAGAAUAGCUUCCAUGAAAGUCCUAUGGUUGUGCAGUUAACUUGGUUCCUGUGUUGAUUUAUCUAAAUCACUGACUCCCUUGUCUUGUGUUCUGUCUGUGACUUAAUGUAACUGUUAUCACUGCGCUUGUGAACUUUUAUGUCAUUGUUUUGUGUACCCCAUCUUUUUUUAAAAAUAUAUUAAUAAACUAAAAACAUGUUUAGUCUCUGGAAUACAUUAUUGCUGUGGACCUCGGUGGGACUGCACACCACUCCUUAGUGAAUAGGUGCUUUACAGUCCUGUAGCUAGAGUGAAAAGGUCAGCAAGGGUUGAGGAGGCUCCCCAGAGGCUACAGGUUAGGGAUGACGCUCACCAGCCAGAGACAGUGAGGGCAAGCAUAGUGAAUCACUAGUCUCUGCUAGAUGACCCUCCCACCCCUUCCUGGCUCUUUCCAUUUGCUGCUCCAGCAUGUGUGUGUGUGUGUGUCUGUCUGUCUGUCUGUCUGUCUGUCUGUCUGAGUGUGUUGUUAAAUCUGUGUUUACAUACCUAUAUGUAGGGGCACCUUCAUCUUUACCCUACCCCCUCCCACAUGCCCUCCCUCACCAUCUUACCAUGCCACAGGCACUUCCCCUCGUACUGUUCUCUCCUCAUAAAUUCCACAUAUGAGAAGACUGCUCCUGGGCUCAGCCGCAGAGCCAAAUACUGAGAGCAUCAGGGUGAUAUCCCUCAUAGAUCAGCUUCCCUGGGCAUGGAGAAGAGAUCUAAAACGCUAAGUGAAGAAGUGGAAUACAUUGAAUACAGUGUGGUUUUUGCAAAGGCAUUCGUUGGAUGGUUAUCUUCCCAUUUUUUAAUCCCCUUUUUGUAAAGUUGAUUAUAACGUUGAAAACAGACGGGUUUUCUGACUUACAAGCUUUGUGAAUUGAAUCUACAGUAAUGUUUUCGUAUGAGACAUUUCUGAGGUGGGCACUGAGCAUUUGUGGGGCCUGCCCAUCCUGCAUUCAUGGUGAGGCAGGGAUAUUGUGCAUUCCCAGCAAGCCUGAUGGAGGUUGGCAGAAAACGGACAGGAAUGCCACCUCUGGCAUUCCCUGGGGUGAGAAGGUGAAGCCGAAACGGUGCUCAACCCCUGAGGAUUGAAAAAAAUCAAUGAAGAGUUUUUUAGUAAA